AUGGGCCUUUUGCCAGAUUCAAGCGAUUUCUCUAUAAUUUUAUAUAAGAAAAUUCUAUGCAAACUAUGCCACAAUUUUUCAAAUUUAGAAGAGCCAUCUCUCUUUUGCAUUCUAAAAAAUCCAUCAAAAAAAGAAAUUGAAGAGAAAUUAAAAAAUCUCGAAGAAGAAAAAGAGUAUAAAGGGGGAAAUUUAUUGUAUUGUGAAAAUUGCUCGGCAAACAGGGAAAUGGUAAUGAGCACCUUUGGCAUAAAUAUACCAAACAUUUUUGUAUUUUAUAUUGGGAAUGUGUUGGGCAAAAGAGCUCAAGGAGCUUAUAAUUUCUUUUAUUGUGGUGAUAAAUUUGAGCUAUAUGGGGUAAUAUGCUAUUAUAAUAGUGGGUGUAGGCAUUAUAUUGCAUAUACAUUAGAUAAUGCAGAGUGAAUGCAAUAUAAUGAUGACCAUAUUAGCUACUCAUCACCUGAUUUUGAGCAUGCUUAUAUGUUAUUUUACAAAAAGACAUAG